GGAAGCUUCUGGGGCUUACAGUCAGAGAGCGGCGAGGGCUUCUGGGGACAGUGAACGCUUGCGGCUUGGUCUGAAUCUCAGGCUGCAGUGGGGCUGACUCAACUGAAGACCAUGGCGCUGAACGGCUCUUGGAAGGUGGACCGCAGUGAGAACUAUGACAAGUUCAUGGAAAAAAUGGGUAUUAACAUGGUCAAGAGGAAACUUGCAGCUCAUGACAAUUUGAAACUGACAAUCUCACAAGAGGGAAAUAAAUUCACAGUCAAAGAAUCAAGUACUUUUCGGACCAUCGAACUUGUUUUUGAGCUUGGUGUCACCUUUAACUACAGCCUAGCAGACGGGACUGAACUCACCGGGACCUGGAACAUGGAGGGUAGCAAACUGGUUGGAAAAUUCACACGGGUAGACAACGGAAAGGAGCUGAAUGCCAUCCGCGAAGUGGUCGGUGAUGAAAUGGUCCAGACUUACACAUAUGAAGGCGUGGAGGCGAAGAGGUUCUUCAAAAAGGAAUAAAUGUUAACUCCUGCCUCUUCAGUCCAUGGCACAAAUUGGCUGGAAGAAUCUGCUGUACUGCCACAGAACUGUCUCUCCUCACCCAGUAUGAAAAGACUGAUUCGUCCUUUUAUAAAGAUUGGCCAGUGGUUUAUAUUCCCAGUAUUGUCAAAAAUAAGUUAAAAUUUAUUAAAACUAAA